CGAAGCAUGAUAGGAGGAGACUGACAAGGACACAAAAGAACAAAAGCAGAAAAGGACAAUGGUGACACAUUAAAUGCAGAGAGAGAGAGAGAGAGUGAGUUACUAAAAAUGGGAGUAAAUUGCAUGGGCAUUGGGCGAUGGAUGGACGACAGUAGCUAUGGGCUAUGGGUAUUGGGUUGUCGUUGGGGAAGAGAGAAAAUAGCAUACCAUGCACUUAACGCCACCCAUCAUUCCAUCGUAAUUUAGAAUUGAGAUUAGAGAAAAGAAGGCAAAAGGGUAUGAAUGAAUGAAUCAUUGAUGAUUGUUGAUUGUUAAUUGAGGUGAGUUGAGUUGAGGGAUGUUCGAAGGAGCAAGUAGUGUCUGUGUUCUUCAUCGGAAACGAAUCAACGAAAAACAGAGGCCAAUCCAACACCGUCGCUCUGUCUCCCUCCCUAACAAUUCCACCCCCAAACCUCAACACGAGGAAUCUGAAUCAGAUAUUGAAGUAUCUGAUGUUAGUGGUUCUGAAGGGGAUGAUGCAUCUUGGAUCUCCUGGUUUUGCAAUUUGAGAGGAAAUGAAUUCUUUUGCCAAGUUGAUGAUGAUUUCGUACAAGAUGAUUUCAACCUCUGUGGAUUAAGUAGUCAAGUGCCUCACUAUGAUUAUGCAUUUGAUUUAAUUUUGGAUGUUCAGUCCUCCCAUAGUGACAUGUUCACAGAGGAACAAAAUGAGUUAAUUGAAUCUGCAGCAGAGAUACUUUAUGGUCUAAUUCAUGCUAGGUACAUAUUGACAAGCAAAGGAAUGGCUGCAAUGUUGGACAAGUACAAGAACUAUGAUUUUGGCAGAUGUCCAAGUGCUUAUUGCUCUGGACAACCCUGCCUUCCAGUCGGUCAAUCAGAUAUUCCUAAGUCAAGUACUGUAAAAAUAUAUUGCCCUAGGUGUGAAGACAUUUACUACCCACGGUCCAAGUAUCAAGACAUUGAUGGAGCUUAUUUUGGAGCUACAUUUCCUCACCUCUUUCUGAUGACUUAUGGGAAUCUGAAGCCACAAAAGUCAUCACAGAAAUAUGUGCCUAGAGUUUUUGGCUUCAAAGUUCACAAGCCCUGAAGCAGGAGGGUAUUUCAAGCUUUCAUCAAAGUAAAAGAAUCUGAGAAUUCCUUGUGUAGUUUCGUCUUUGUUUUAUUUCAUUAAAAUUCAGUGGUUUUCAGUUUCUGGAAUCAGUUCAAUGUAAGA